AGAAGGCGGAGCGUUGACUUACAUUGACUAACCUGUUCAUCUUCACGAGCCGCCCGCGCCGCGCCGCCGGCUGCGACUGCGAUUCGAUUUCCCCAAGGUGCGUCGACGCAUUGCCUUGCCGCAGAGGAGGAGCGGCGAGAUGGCCGGCGGGAGGAUGCCGUUGCUGGGAUGGUGGCUGAUGCUGGUCGGCUCCCUCCGCCUCGCCUCCGUCUGGUUCGGCUUCUUCAACAUCUGGGCGCUCCGCGUCGCCGUCUUCUCCCAGACAAACAUGACUGAAGUACAUGGUCGCACUUUUGGGGUCUGGACGCUUUUGACCUGUACUCUGUGUUUUCUGUGUGCAUUCAACCUGGAAAACAGACCUCUCUAUCUGGCCACUUUCCUGUCAUUCGUCUAUGCUCUCGGUCAUUUCCUCACCGAAUACCUGAUAUACAAUACCAUGGCGGUGGCAAAUCUGAGCACUGUUGGCUUCUUCGCAGGGACAUCGAUUGUAUGGAUGCUGCUUCAAUGGAAUUCUCAUGGGAAAUCGCGUGGUUCUCAAGCUGUGAAGCAGUCGUGAGUGGCAUUUGCUUUGCAAGUGAUGUACACCGGUUAGGAGAGUUUGUGAUGCUUGAAGAAACUUAGCAGAUGGCCUUUCUCAUAACUCAGUGCCUCAUUUCUAUGUGCUUUGCCCUCCUAUUUUUGUUCAAAAACAAUAGCCAUAAAUGAAUAAAUAGGACAUCAUCAUAUUCUUCAAAUUGUAACCUUGUAAACGGUGAUUGAAUGAUGGAAUUACAUAGGGGUAGAAGUCCAAUAAAUUCUUCUACACACGAAUUUCUUCUCUGUGUGUAGGAUGUCCGAUCCCGUGAUGGUGUAAAACUUUUAGCAAAUUGCA